AUGCCGCUGCAGGGCAUUCCUGGCCUGGAGGUGGCCCAUGUCUGGAUCUCCAUCCCCUUCUGUGCUAUGUACGCAAUAGCCAUCUUGGGAAACUUCACCAUCCUGUUCGUAGUGAAGAAGGAGCAGAGCCUCCAUGCCCCCAUGUACUAUUUCCUCUGCAUGCUGGCCAUCACUGACCUGGUCCUGUCUACAUCCACGCUGCCCAAAAUGUUGAGCAUCUUCUGGUUCAAUUCCAGGGAGAUCAGUUUCAGUGCCUGCCUCACCCAGAUGUUCUUCAUUCACUGCUUCACGGUGAUGGAGUCUGGGAUCCUCGUAGCCAUGGCUCUGCAUCGCUAUGUGGCCAUCUGCCAUCCCCUGAGACAUUCCACCAUCCUGGCAAACCCGGUGGUGGUGAAGAUUGGCCUGGCCGUGGUGCUGCGCGGUGGCAUGCUCAUACUGCCCCAACUCAUCCUGACAAGGCAGUGGCCAUAUUGUAAAAGCAACAUCAUCCCCGACACAUAUUGCACGCACAUAGCCGUGGUAAAGCUGGCUUGCGCCGAUACCCACAUCAAUAGUUACUACGUCCUCUUUGUGCUAUUCUGCCGUCAGACCGACCUGCGUUCAGAGCUGGCUGGGUUUGUCUUGGGAAAGCACGAGGAGGCAAUACCACCUUAUGAAGGAAGGGGGCGUAAUGCCUGCCAGUGA